AUGGACACGACACCGCCAUGGCUACGCGACGCCCUCAGAUUCGCUCUGACAGCGACUGCGUCAACCGAAACCCCGUGGUUCGCACACGACUACGACGCCUCCAAAGCGGCUGGCGGCGGCGGCGACCUUACCGAUCCUGAUGACCCGGGCAAAGACCCGCGGUUCCGCAAACUGGUCGAGGCCAUAUUGUUCAGUCGGAGGUUUCUGAAUACGUAUAAUCUGGUGUUGCUGGGUGUAUUGGGAGUGUUUACCGUGUGGCAUUGGGGGGAGAAGGUUGUAUUGUACAGGCGGAAGAGGCAACGGAUAGCGAAGCAAGCUGAUGGAGCCGCGCACGAAGAAGAUGAAGUUUGGAGUAGCUCGAGCAGUACGAUUGAAGGAAACGCGACACCCCCGGAUACCACCGCCGCCGCGAAGAAAUUAAACUCCGCCCAUGCCGAUGAAUCAAACCCUCUCCUUCCCGUCCCAGAGCGAUCGCGACCGCGACGAAAGAGACUUGGAGUAUGGACUCCAUACUACUUUCUCAAAUCUCUCCUCCAAUACCAACCCCCGCGCAUCCCCAUCGUCAACAAGACCCUCCCUACAAACGCCGUCUCUUUACUUGUCGUCGCUUGGAUAGCCCUCAACAUCUUCUACAACUUGUACCGCAUGCCACUCUCCUUCAUGUACCUCUUUGUCUUUGCCGACCGCUGCGGAAUCAUCUUCAUCGCAAACCUCCCGCUCCUCUACCUCCUCGCCGCCAAAAACCAGCCGAUAAAACGGUUGACGGGCUAUUCGUACGAGAGUCUGAAUAUCUUGCAUAGAAGAGUAGGGGAGCUGGUGUGUUUGGAAGCGUUCCUGCACUUUCUCGGCAUGGUGGCUGUAUGGUAUGGCAUGCUGCGCCAUUUGGGUUUCACGUUGGCGAAAUUCCUGUUCAACCGGGUUGUGCUGUUGGGCUUAGCAGCGCUGGUCGCGUAUGAAGUGAUUUACUUUACGAGUCUGGGCAGCUUCAGGAAGAGGCGGUACGAGGUGUUUUUGGGUCUGCACAUUGUGCUCCAAGUUGCUGGCCUGGUUUUCCUAUGGUUCCAUCACCAUACUUCGCGGCCGUACGUGGGCGUGUCCCUUGCCAUUUGGAUUGUCGACCGCGUGGUUUAUCGCAUGUGGUUGAAAUCUAGCACACAUGCUGCUACGCUCACGGUCCUCGAAGACGACGAAACACUCCUCUUAUCCGCAAACUGGCAAGUCGAUACCAAGAAUAAGAUAGCUGGGGUCCUGGGCAACAACAACAUGAAGCAAGGCUGGAAACCAAACGAACACAUCUUCAUCUCCGUACCGAGUCUGUCCCGCAAACACGCUAUCCAAUCUCACCCUUUUACCAUCUUCUCCGCCGCACCAACACAAACUCCAACGUCAACGGUAGACGGUGGACAAGGAAAACAUGCUUGGUUCUCCCUCCUAAUCCGCCCACAGGCCCCAUCAGGCUUCACACACACCCUCCUCCAGCACGCACGACAAUCCCAGCUCUCAACCCAACACCUACGUAUCCGCCUCGACGGACCCUACGGCUCGUCCCACGCCCUCGAUCUCCUGGAAUCCUCUUCAACAGCUAUACUGGUCGCAGGCGGGUCCGGCAUAGCAGUUGCAUACCCCCUCCUCUACGCCCUCUUACAGCCUACAUCACAUGACCCCGAGACGACGACUUCUUCGUCAAAGUCCCAGAGAAAAGUAAAGUUGCUGUGGAUAACACAUUCGCCUGACCAUAGGCUUUGGAUCCCGGAGGAUAAGUUGAAAGAAUUGGAGGAUUGGGGCGCUGAUGUGGUUAUUUCGCCGCCGACGAGUUUGGCGGGGAGGCCGGAUGCUGGUGGGAUUGUGGGGGAGUGGGUGGAAGCAGAAGAGGAGGGUGCGAGGAGUGGGGUUGUGGUUAGUGGGCCGGAUGGGUUGGUGAGGGAUGUGAGGAAUACGUGUGCGGGGUUGGUUUGGAAGGGUAGGGAUGUUGAUGUUCAGGUGGAGAAGUUUGGGUGGUAA